AUGUCCGACAAGAAUCAAAUAAAGAUCAGGUUCACCACUAAUGAAGAUGAUGCUAGUUUAAAAGUAGAGGAAACACCAUUAUUUGUUCCUAUAUCGUUGAAGAGAUUUGGUUUAUCGGAAAUUGUAAAUCACUUGCUUGGAAACUACAAGGCAGAUUUUGAAGAAGAAGAAAGAGAAGAGAAGGAUGAGCACAAACCCAUACCUUUCAACUUUCUCAUAAACGGAGAGCUUUUACGUACUUCAAUUGAGGACUAUCUCGUGCGUAAUGGUUUAUCCAGCGAGGCAUUUUUAACUAUAGAGUAUACUAGAGCCAUAUUGCCACCAAGUUUCCAAGCCUCCUUCAACAAUGAAGACUGGAUAUCGUCCAUAGAUUCAAUCAACAAAACCUCAAACGCAGUUCUAGAGUCACAGUUGUCAAUCAGCAACCCCAAAAUUUUGAGUGGAUCUUAUGACGGUGUUGUACGAACUUACAAUAUGUCGGGAAAAGUAGAGAAGCAAUAUGUCGGCCAUUCAGCUCCAAUAAAAUCCGUCAAGUGGAUUUCGCCCACGAGAAUUGUGUCUUGUGGUAACGACAGACAGGUUAGAUUAUGGAAGACCGCAUACGAGGGAGUUGUCGACCAAAACGAGGAAAACGAAGAGGAUGAGAUUGAAGAUGGAAGAACGUUGGCAAUUUUAGAAGGACACAAGGCCCCUGUAGUAGACUUGGCAGUAAACCAACAAACGAAGAGGAUAUUGAGUGCUGGCUAUGAUUCUGCUGUUGGUUUCUGGUCAACAAACUACAAAGAAAUGGCAAAGGUGGAGAUUCCCGAAUACGAUUCCAAUGUUGUGUCGACCUCGUCCAAAAAGAGAAGGAAAAUGGCAUUGCAAGACUCAACACUUAGACGUCGUUCUCCUUUGAGUUUAUUGCAUGGUCAUAAUGAACCCGUAGAGGGGGUUAUUUUCGAUGCAUACGAUGCUACAGUUGGAUACUCCGUUUCACAGGAUCAUACGAUUAAAACGUGGGAUUUGGUCACGGCUCGGUGCGUUGAUACCAGAACCACUGGAUUUUCAUUAUUAUCAGUGUUACAUCUUCCACAAGCCAAUUUAAUCGCUUCCGGUUCAUCGGCUCGUCAUAUCAAUUUGCAUGAUCCAAGAGUCUCAAAUACAACUGAGGUGAUCAAUGCAAAAUUAGUUGGACACACAAAUUUUGUAGUUGGAUUAAGUGCUUCCCCUCAUAAUGCAAACAUGUUUGCCUCGAGCUCCCAUGAUGGAACGGUGAAGGUUUGGGAUGUCAGGGCAGACAAGUCACUUUACACAAUCACCAGAGAGGAUGGAUCGACGAAAAAGAAAAUAUUUGAUGUGUGCUGGGAUAGCGAAAUUGGAAUAAUAAGCGGUGGUGAAGACAAAAAGAUUCAAAUAAACAAGGGAACAGAUAUAGCUAAAUAA